AUGACGGACCAUGUUGAAUACUUGCGAAGGGUAUUCCGAGCCUUACAAGAGAAUCAAUUAUAUGUCUGGAGUGACAAGUGCGAGUUCGAGAUGGACGAGGUUGGAUUCUUAGGGCACAUCAUGGGCAACGGGAAGAUUCAUAUGGAGUUGGGAAAGAUUAAGGCGAUCGUGAAAUGGGAAGCGCCUAAAUCUCCUACGGAGGUACGAUCAUUCCUUGGUUUAAGUAACUACUAUAGGCGGUUCGUCAAGGGCUACUCAGCAAUAGCGGUACCUUUGACCAACUUGUUGCGGAAGGAGCUAAAGUGGGAGUGGACGCCGGAGUGCCAAGCGGACUUUGACACUUUAAAUGAGGCAAUACGAAAGAGCCGGUACUCGCACUUCCUGAUCACCAAACCGUUUGAGGUGAUGACGGAUGCCUCGGACCUCGCCGUUGGGGGAGUUCCUUAUGCAAGAUGGACACCCGGUGGCUUACGAGCGCCACAAAUUGUCAGACGUGGGGAAAUAGUGGCUGAUACAUGA